UUGUACUGUCUCCAGCAGGCUUCCGUAGCUGUAGUAGGAAGUUCUUCCUUCCUUGCCCAUACUUCUCAGUGACCUCUGCUCAGUGCUGUGCCUGUGUGCUGCUUCUAUGAGCUUCAACUCUGUUUAUUAGCACAGACAUCAUGAAUAAGUAUGUAGUAGGAGCUUCCAUGGUCGGAACGUUAAUAGGUGGAUCAGUCCUUCUAAAGGAAUAUGUUGGUGGUGGACCUUGUCCAAGCAAAGCAAAUAUAGCUGGUAAGACAGCAAUAGUAACCGGAGCCAACACAGGCAUUGGUAAAGAAACUGCUCUGGAACUUGCAAAAAGAGGUGCCAGAGUAAUUAUGGCAUGUAGAGAUAUGGAGAAGUGUGAAAAUGCUGCAAGAGAAAUCCGUGGCAAGACCCUUAAUCAUAAUGUGUCUGCCAAACAUCUGGACUUGGCAUCAACAAGGUCGAUCAAAGAAUUUGCAAAGGACAUACUAAAGGAAGUGGAACACCUAGACAUUCUCAUUAAUAAUGCUGCAGUAAUGAGGUGCCCUCAGUGGAAGACAGAGGAUGGGUUUGAAAUGCAGUUUGGUGUCAACCAUUUGGGUCACUUCCUUCUGACUAACCUGCUGCUUGACAAGAUGAAGAACUCUGGUCAGUCCCGCAUCAUCAAUGUUUCUUCCUUGGCUCACAUAGUAGGGGAGAUUGACUUUGAGGAUUUACACUGGGAGAAGAAGAAAUAUAACACAAAAGCAGCUUAUUGCCAAAGCAAGCUUGCUAAUGUUUUGUUUACAAAUGAACUGGCAAAAAGGCUAAAAGGGACGGGGGUGACUGCAAAUUCUUUGCAUCCAGGUGUUGCAGACACAGAACUCGGCAGACAUACAGGGAUGCACAAAUCUUCAUUUUCGAGUUCAGUACUGGGUCCCAUAUUUUGGUUCUUGAUAAAAUCACCAAAACAGGCGGCACAGUCCAGCAUCUACCUUGCUGUAGCUGAAGAUCUCCAAGACACGUCUGGAAAAUAUUUCAAUGCACUAAGAGAAAAAGAGCCUGCUCCCCAAGCUUUGAAUGAGGAGAGUGCAAGGAAACUUUGGGAAGAAAGUGCGAAACUUGUACAUCUUGAUGAAGCAUUACAAGAAUGUAAAGUUUAGUCAGGAAAUGAUAGCAAUUUCACUUGUGAAUUAUUUUCAGUGACAUGUCUGUGUAAAUAACCCAAUUAAGUGCUUUACUUUUUUAUAUUAAAAUAAACUAAAGCUAUUAUA